AUGAACCUAUGGACAGUCAUCAAACGUGCAAAACAAAACACUGCGAUAAUCCUCACAACUCAUUCAAUGGAAGAAGCAGAGUUUCUAUCUGACCGAUUGGGGAUUUUUGUAGACGGAAGUUUAAAGUACAUAGUGAACCCAAAAGAGCUAAAGGGAAGAUAUGGUGGAUCUGUGUUUACGAUGACAACCUCAUCAGAUCAUGAGAAAGAUGUGGAAAUGUUGGUUCAAGAUUUUUCUCCAAACGCCAAGAAGAUUUUGUUGGGAAUGUCCUGA